GUGUUACGUUAGCCCGUUUUUUACACUGCGUGAAUAACAUUUAUCGCUUUUUCUAGACUUUAAAGAUGGUGAAGCUUUAAGACAACUGAUUCUUGCCAAAAAAGACUUAUUUCAAAACAAUUUUCCACAAGUUGUAAUGGGGCAUGCUGCAAGUGAAAUGGCGGCAAAGUACCAUUUACUCAUUCAAGAAUUUGGUGGGUGCCCUACACCAGUUUUUAUGGGCGAACCCCUAUCUGGGAAAACGACUGCUCUCGCAGCCGCUUUCAGUGUAUUUGGUAUCCACAAGUUCAGCAGCGAAUGCUCAAGUAAAUUCAUUGAGAAACGACAGUCUAUGACCACGAUUCCUUUCGGAUGGGACGAUUUGUUGAAUGUCAAAGUUAUGAAGAACGUGACAGUAAAUUUAUACAAUGUUGCUGGAAGUGCGACUUUAUUAUCAUCCCUAAAACUUCACACGGUCCCGCUCAUUACUAAAAACGAAAAGUGUUAGGAGUUGAAAAUCAAGUCUCGAUGGUUACCAUUAUAUUUCAAGGAGCUAUCUCCGUGACUUGAGGGAAUGGCGUUGAUAAAGGCCCAACAUCUGCACCAAAAGAUUGUAGAUGCGCGAAAAAGCAUUACCAUGGUGACA